CUAAUGUCAGUGAUGUCAGAUUGUAGAUUGUCAAUAAGUCGACGUGUUUGAUAUCAUCUGUAUUCUAGCUGUCAAAAUUAAUUUGAGCCACGUUGGAAGUACAAUUCUUCAUUAUUUUCAGUCUGUUUAAAUUUUUUAUGGAUUUUAAUUUAACGUACAAUAAGUUAUACUCCUAAAGAUGAAGGUAAAAGAUAUAGAACGUACCGCCAAUGUAGCUUGGUCUCCCAAAAACCAAUAUCCAAUAUAUUUAGCAGCCGGUACAGCUGCCCAACAACUAGAUGCUUCCUUUAAUACCAGUGCAGCUUUAGAAAUUUAUUCCUUAAAUCUGACAGAUCCUGGACCUGAUACACAGCUGGUUUCUUCUGUUCAAACUGACCACCGCUUCCAUAAGAUCAUUUGGGGGAGCUAUGGAAGCAAUCCUGUAAAUAGUACUAUCAUAGGUGGUUGUGAUGGAGGAUUAAUCCAAAUAUAUAAUGCCUCAAAGUUACUCAAAGGAGAAGAUGCCAUCAUUGGUAAGCAAGAGAAGCAUACAGGACCUGUACAUGCUUUGGAUUUUAACAAUUUCCAACAGAAUUUGUUUGCUAGUGGUGCAGGAGAGUCGGAAAUCUUUAUAUGGGAUUUAAACAACACUAGUUCUCCAAUGUCACCUGGUACCAAGAGUCAACCAUUGGAAGAUGUUUUAUCAGUAGCAUGGAACAAGCAAGUACAACACAUUCUAGCCUCAACUUUUCCCUCAAAAUGUGUGAUCUGGGAUCUAAGGAAAAAUGAACCAAUCAUAAAGCUAACUGACACAGUGUCUAGAAUUAGGUGGAAAGUUGUUGCAUGGCAUCCAGAGGUAGCCACACAGCUUUGUCUAGCAUCUGAGGAAGACCAAGCCCCAGUAAUACAACUAUGGGAUCUAAGGUUUGCAACUUCGCCAUUAAAAACCCUUCAAAACCAUCAAAGAGGUAUUCUUUCCCUUGCCUGGUGUUCUGAGGAUCCAGAUUUAUUAGUAUCAUGUGGAAAAGAUAACAGAUUGGUAUGCUGGAAUCCCAAUUCAAAUCACCAAAAUGGAGAAGUGUUAGCUGAGGUAGCAAAAACGAAUCAGUGGAGUUUCGAUGUUGUGUGGUGUCCUAGAAAUCCCGCUUUGAUUGCUUCUUCCAACUUCGAUGGACAUGUUUCUGUCUAUUCUGUUAUGGGUGGCAAAACUCAACAAAUUCAAACAACCAAUAAAAUAGCCGAUAGCUUCCCUGGUAUGGAUGGCUAUGUAGAAGCGCCAGUUCCUCAACAAGACCUUGCUCCUGCCAGUGUUGAUCUAAGUAAACCACCAAAGUGGUUAAAAAAACCAGUCGGAGCACGUUUUGGGUUUGGAGGUAAAUUGAUUACAUUUGAACAUGAAAAAGCAGCAAUCGCACAAGUCUUACAGAAUCUGCAACCUGGCCAACAACCGCCCCCAAUUCACAGAACAGUUCAGAUCAGUCAAGUUAUAACUGAACCUGACUUUGUACAGAAAUCAAACGAGUUGGAAAAAACAUUAGAAUAUGGGAAUUUUACAGAUUAUUGUAAAGAAAAAUCUAACCAAACCAAUGACCAACACAAGAAAUACAUCUGGCACUUCUUGAAAGCGAACUUUGAAGAAGUUCCUCGGGUGGAGUUGUUGAAUCUGUUGGGUUAUAACCUUACGGAUGUUAACGAUAAGUUGAAUGUGCAUGCUGGCGUGCAAAACGAAAGUAAUAUGGACGGACUAAGUGAAGAUUUUAUCAACUCAAAUAGGAUAGAAGAUUAUAACCAACAAAAUGCGUUUGACAACUUAGGAACACCGGAGAAAAAACGAAUCGAGCCAUUUAAAAUUAAUACUGGAGAUGAUACCGAAGGCCUUAUUACACAAGCUUUGCUACUUAAUAAUGUAGUUGCUGCUGUAGAACUUUGCCUUAAAGCUAAACGAUAUGCAGAUGCUCUGGUAAUAGCUACUACAGGUGGUCCCGAUUUAUUAGCAAAAACACAAUUAAAAUAUUUAGAACAAUCGAGUGGAUAUGUUUCUACUCUUAUAUCUGCCAUCGUUUCCGAGGAUUGUAGCCUAAUUAUUAAUAACUGUGAUAUUAGUAACUGGAAAGAAGCCUUAGCUGCUAUCCUCACCCACGCUUCAGAUGAAGAUCUUCCCGGACUUUGUGAACAGUUGGGCAAUAGGCUAGAAGAAGAAAGCCAUAAUGAUCCUAAAUUAGCUAAUGAUGCUCAGUUGUGCUAUAUCUGUGCUGGUAGUUUCGAAAAACUUGUAUCAAGCUGGAGUGACAAUGCUUUAAAGUCUACGGAUAAUCUGCAAGAGCUUAUAGAAUUGGUGACAUUUUUGCAGAAAGCCAUUGAAAGGCAAGGAAGGCAAGUUACGGUAUCUGGUGCGUUGGCAGACCUUCUCUCGCACUACUCUUCUCUAUUGGCGUCUCAAGGCGAAUUAUCAACGGCAAUAGCUUACCUAGGAAACUCUACCAAUGAAAAAGUAUCUACAUUACGCGAUCGACUUCAAGUGGCUCUCGGAGUAAAGCAAGUUCUCGCCCAAGAACCUAGGCAACCGAAUCGCAGAGGAAGUCAUCGCACUUCUUUCUCCAGCUAUCCCAACAAUAGUUUCACAAGUACGACUCCGUUUCAACCACCACAAAGUAGUUUUGGAGCACCUGCUCAGCCUGCACCUGUACCUGCACCUGUUCCAAGUUACAACAACAAGUUUAACACAGGAUUGCCUAAUCCAACAAUAAAUAGUCAGCCAUGGCAAGCACAACCCACGCAGGGUUUCCCUCAACCACCAAAAGCGUUUUCUCCAGCCCCUCAAGCGCCACCUUCUCAUCCGCCUAGACCUACCAGUGUUGGAUCCAACCAAGGUGGCUCAGGCUUACCAUCGAGAAAAUACGUACUAGAUCCAUCGGUGUCUUCAAAUCCCUACGGCUCACCAAACCAUCCAGCCCCAACUUAUUACUUCCAGCAGAAUAACGCCUUCCAGUCUAACCCCUACGCACCACCAUCCGUAAAUUCGUCGCAACUUCAACCACUAAACAACUCCUCGAUGCUAAAUCAAGCCGAAGUUUCUUCUAAUUCCAGUUUCAAUCUAACACCAUUGAUACCUUCCCAACCGAGCUACGGAGGAUCGAGUCUACCACCUCCACCUACAGAAAUCGCACAACAAGCGAAUCCAACACCCUACAGGCCUAAUGCACCAUCAGGAUGGAACGAUCCGCCUCCUCCUCUUCACAAGCCUUUGAAACAACAAAACAGCAGUCCAAAUGUAAUGGAGAAUGAAAUAAUGAGCGCUAGACAUGCUGGAGUGAAAUUAUGGCGAAAGCCAAAACCUGAACCGAGUGUCGUUGAUCCUAUCACCCAUCCGUUAUUUGGAGAAGUACCAGCUCAACCCAUGCCGAUACCCACAAAUGGAUACAGUGCUGACAUGAAUCCUCCAAUAGCACAACCUUAUAAUCCAUCUUUCUACCCACAGAACCCACCGACAAUGUACCAACCCCAGGCACCAGGAAACAACUUUGCUACCUCGUACAAUCCGGGAGGUUUUAACCAAAAUGCAGUGGUGGCAAAUUUAGCUCAGCACCAACAACCACAAGAAAUUCAACAGGUAGCUCGGACGAUAACGCCACAACCCAUUCAGAAGGCGCCUAUACCAGAAGAACACUUACAUAUGAAAACGGUGUUCGAUGAACUCAAGAAUCAGUGUAGUUGUGCCGCUAAUAAUCCACAAACCAAAAGGAAAUUGGAGGACGUAGGCAGAAAAUUGGAGUUAUUGUAUGACGCACUUAGAGAUCAAAAGCUUUCGCCUAACACACUAGCGUCCCUUCACGACCUGGUCCAGAUGGUACAGACAGGAAACUACACGGAAGGCUUAAAUUUACAUACGCAGCUCGUAUCUGGUCCUGAUUUCUCUCAAAUCGCCAGUUUCAUGCCAGGAAUCAAAGUAUUGUUGCAAUGCGCAUUGCAGUUGCAGGUCUACAUUAGAUAGAACAGUGUACAAAUGAUGAGGGAUCAUUUAUCUGAAGAAAGAACUGAAUCUUUGAUAUAGGAUAGUUACACGACUUGGUCAGAAAGAGUCGAAGUUGUAGGUUUUAUAAAAAAAAAGAUAAAUUUGUAUAAAAUAUAUAUAUCAAAUUAUAUUUAGUUAUAAUUUUUUUAUUGCUCAAAGAGUUGGCAGUUGUUUUUUAUAUGGAAGAUUUUAUGCUAAAAAAUAUAUUUUUUUAAGUCUCUGAACCAUCAAAAUAUAAAAAAAAACUAUUAUUUUAAAUAGAGUUUCCUUCAACAUUUGGUAUUAUAGAAGAAAUAAUAUAUCCAUCACAUCUUCAUAUUCAGCUAAGAAAUUAUUUUGCUUACUUUUUAAUAUUGCCUAAUGGUUUACCUCACUUAACUGUUUCUUCUUUACAUAGCCUUGAUCCUUAGUUAAAAAAUUGUUUUCUGAGAAUGAUAGUAUUUGAUUCGAAAUGAAGUCUUAACCGAACCUAAAAACUCAUUUCUUUAACCGUGUUUUUAAAAGGCUUCUAUAGCUUCUUUGUACAGAAGUAAGAUAUAGCAAAGAAGAGAUCACAAAACCAAUGAACAUUUAAAGUGUAUAAUUAAAGUAUAAAAGCUUAAAAGCUGACUAUAAAUAAAAUGAAAGACGACUGUUUUAACGUCGUCUUUCAUUUUAUUUUUUAACUUUUUAACGUAUUUAAUAAUUUCAAAGUGUCUUUUUAAACAGAAACAUUUUCAAGGUUAGUUGCAAUUUCAGUACAUAUCAUGUUAUUUAACGUUGUUGUUUAUGCCACGAAUCUUACAUUCGGGUAAGUUUUUUAUAGCUUUUUUAUUGCAUCAUUCAAUUUGUUACAACAUAGUAAUUUUCAUUGUAGACCUUGAUAAAGGUGGCAAAAAACCACCAAAAGCUUGGAUUCAGAAUAAAUAGUACGCCUUAGUAAAGCUCUAUUUUUUUUUGACUACCACACCCAAAAAGAAAAAGUAUUUACGGUUGCAUUCCAUCUUAUAUACAUAUUUUAUAAUUUUUUCCCUUGUUGUGAGCUAUGCCGAUACUUUCGACUUUUAUUAUAUAUAUAUAUAUAUAUAUAUAUAUAUAUAUAUAUAUAUAUAUAUAUCUAUAUAUAUAUAUAUAUAUAUAUAUAUAUAUAUAUAUAUAUAUAUAUAAAUGAAUUAAAGUUCUUUCAGUGACUCCUUGAUCGUUUGCAAAAAUAACUGCCAACUCUUACAAUCUGAACGAUUUGAUAUAAAUGAUAUACACAGUUUUGUAAAUUACAAAAAUACCUAGCAGUGUUUUUAAUUUUUUGUGUAUAAUGCCUGUAGUAUUUCUAAAAACAAAUUAACUGAUGUUCAAUUGUUUUGUUUUUGAAGAUUUAAUUUUUUUACUCUUGUAAAGUUAUAUGAGCAUAGAGUAUUAAUAAUAUGCAAAUAUCUAAGGUGCUUUUUAAUAAAUUAUAUUGAUUUU